AUAAUUCUAGGUUAGAUUAAAAUUCAUCAACCUGCAAACUUCUACAAGUUGUACCAAUUGAGUGUUGAGUAUGAUAAAAACACUAUGUUCUAAGUUAUCACAACCCAUUCAAUUGCUCAGAUACACUUAAACCACGAUUACUCCGGAACGCAAACAUACAUAUCACCAUGAUAGUUCGCGACGCUGCAUGAAUAAUGCUCGGCGAUCAGCGAGAAGCGCAAAUAUUGAGCGUCGUGCAAGAGAAAUUCAACGAUUCCCAAAUUGUGCGCAAUAUUUUACUGAAUGUGCAGCCAGUGAGAGAGGAUCUGCUGGCUGACCACCGGCUACUUGCUUUAGUUGACAACCAGCAGAGUUAUGGUCUCUUUGUGCUGAUAUCCGAGCAUCUUGUGCCCCAAGAGUUCACUGAUCUUACCAUUGAGAGGGCUAUUCCUAUAGAUGAUAACUUUUUCUGUGAUACAGACAGCAUUCCGAGUGAGCAGAGUCACAUUAUCUAUAAUUUAAAGUACAAGACACAGUUGUUGAGUUAUAAGGUGGAGAUUGGUUUUGCCAGUGCUGAGUUUGCCACAGAGGUUAUAAAAGCAAAAGAAUACUUUUCAUUGAAUCCUUUGGAUCACAGUUGGCUUGGAUAUUAUUCUUCUAGCAAACUGAGUGGAAACUUCAACAUGGAAGAUGAAAUGUCAAGUGACAUUUCAGUGUCACGACAGAAGAUGACACAGGGUGGUGGAAUUAGUACGAACAGGGAAUCCCUGCUUAAGUAUGAACUGGACCAGAAGAAACCCGAAUAUACUCAUCAGGAACGAUUUAGCAUAUUUGUGGGUACGUGGAAUGUAAACGGCAAACCGCCGCCGACGGAUCCAAAAAUUCUUCGUGAAUGGCUCGAGAAUGAGCCGGACCCACCCGAUGUGUAUGCAAUUGGCUUCCAAGAAUUGGAUUUAAGUAAAGAGGCGUUUAUUUUUAAUGAAACCGUGCGGGAAGCCGAAUGGCAGAGAGCACUUGACAUGUCAACACAUUCUGGGGCAAAAUACCGUCUAGUAGGAUUAGUCCGCUUGGUUGGCAUUCAAUUGGCGGUGAUGAUUAAUUAUAGGCACUUUGAAUACGUUACCAACGUGUGUAUCGAUACAGCGGGCACGGGGAUUUUAGGUAAAAUGGGGAAUAAAGGCGGAGUUGCAGUCAGCUUUCAGCUUCAUGACACCAAUCUUUGUUUCGUGAACUGCCAUCUUGCGGCGCAUGCGGAAGAAGUUGAGCGGCGGAAUCAAGAUUACAUGGAGAUUAGCAAUCGGAUAUCGUUCAGGAGAAAUAAUUCUGCUAUUAAUCUUAAUAUUAAAGAUCAUGAUCAAAUAUAUUGGAUGGGCGACUUUAAUUACCGACUGAAAGACAUCAACGCGAUAAAAGUCAAGCAACUUAUCCAACAUGGCGACUUGCAAUCACUUCUCGCACGCGACCAGCUCCAUGAACAAAAACUCAACAGUCGAAUCCUUCACGGUUACAAUGAAGGCGACAUCACUUUCCACCCAACAUACAAAUACGAUGUCGGCACUGACUGUUACGAUUCCAGUGAAAAAGCACGCGUACCUUCAUGGACAGAUCGCAUAUUCAGCAAAGGCAAAGGAAUCCACCAGCUUUCAUACAUGUGUCACAUGGGGUUGAAAAUCAGCGACCACAAGCCAGUCUACGCUAAAUUCAGCUCGGAAAUCAGCAUUAUAAACAAAGACAAGUAUCGCAAAGUACAUGAAGAUGUCCUGAAAGGUUUGGAUAAACUCGAGAAUGAGUACCUGCCGCAGGUGACCAUUGAUACCACUGAGGUACACUUUGAAAAAGUAAAGUUUCACGAACCGCAAUCAGAGUAUAUUACUAUUGCAAACACAGGAGUGGUGCCUGUACAGUUUAUAUUUAUUGGUAAGCAUGGAAAUUUACCGCAUUGUAAAAGCUGGCUGCGGAUACUGCCAUCUAGCGGUAAUAUUAUACCAGGGGAAAAGUGUGAUAUUCAGUUGGAGGUGCAGCUGGAUGAUUGCGCAACGCGUCUGGAUGAUAUUUUGAUCUUACAUUUAGAAAACGGCAAGGAUUUAUUUAUCAGCGUGUCGGCGGAUUGCAUACGCACGUCGUUCAUGAUGUCAAUUUCAGCGUUGUGCAAGUGUCCAGUUCCAAUAUUGCAAUUAACGCCUGAACAAUUAAAAAACGCUACAUUGGAUCAAUCAUCGGUGCUUUAUCAAAUCCCACGUGAAUUGUGGAACCUUGUGGAUUAUUUAUACAGAAACGGGUUGAAAACUAGAGAGUUAUUUGAAGGUUCUGCACUGCGCGAGGAAAUCUACAACGUGAGGGAUUGGUUGGAUAACGGAUCGCUUGAUCCAAUGCCUGGCAGCGUGCACGCAGUCGCAGAUUGUCUGCUCUUGUUUUUAUCUUUUACAAAAGAUCCGAUAGUGCCCUAUCAUCUUCAGAACAAGUGUGCUGAUGUUAGUGAAUAUUUCAUUUCAUGCAAAGAGGUUAUCGAAAUGUUCCCAACGUUGCAUAGAAACACAUUCCUCUACAUCUGCAUGUUCCUGCAGGAAUUGAUUAAGUAUCGCGCCGAUAAUGGCGUCGAACGUCAUGGAUUGGCAGUGAUGUUCGCUGACAUAUUAAUGCGCGCGCCUGAUAAAAGCACGCCGCCGCAGGUGUGCCGCAAGAAGAUCAAGUUUAUAGAGCAAUUCCUCAGCAACGAUCUUACGCCGCUUGUAUCUACCAAGUUUGGUUUCAGAUUUUAAUUACCUUGGUUGUAGAGACGAAUCAAGACCAAAUCAAACGGAGUCGUCAACACGCUAAUGGCAAUUCCACCAAUAAAGCUAGCUACAAAUGAGGUGAGUAUCUUUUUCUUUUGGAAAUAUUCAAUCUCAUUCAGCCAUUGUUUGGUGUAAGAGAAUGAAACAAGUUGCGAGGAUGACGCGAUGAAUGCACGUGGAAAUAUUGCUAUGCCACCCCGCCAUAAUCCUUUUAUCUAUAAAAGUAGAAAAUGGUGGCCAAAACACUUAAUAUCUUUAAUGAAAGCACUUACACCGUAUAAAUUCAAAAUUUCGCGCAAAGCUUGCACCAUACUCUGCUCCUUGUGCUGGAAACCCACCGCGAUGGACUUAGCAGCCAUCGACUGCUUGUGCGUGCGCACCAAGUGCAUCGGAUUCGAACAAUAAUGCCCGAAAACUCCCGAAAGUCCAGCGGCUAAUACUGAACGCUCAAAUCGAAUAUUUCCAUGCUUAUCACGGAUUAAAUUAUGACUAUCUGCUAACUGGUAACCACCUGAAAACACAAUCAAGUAAUAACCAUAUUACAAUGAAGUAAUAAAGUAAUAUACCCAA